UGCUUGAUAUCGACAGAGCGUGCAUCUCCAACUCGCGUCGGCUGCGAAUUGUUUUUUCUGCAUUUUAGGAAAAUAAACUAAGAAAAGCCGUAUCCAUACAGAAUACCACAGCAAAGCCACUGCCAAAAUGGUGAAACUAACCCCGGAACUGAUAAACCAGUCGAUGCAAUACAUAAACCCGUGCCGGGAGCGCGAGCUGGAUUUGCGCGGCUACAAGAUUCCACAGAUCGAGAACCUGGGCGCCACCCUGGACCAGUUCGACACCAUCGAUCUGUCGGACAACGAUCUGCGCAAGCUGGACAACAUGCCGCACCUGCCGCGCCUCAAGUGCCUGCUGCUGAACAACAACCGCAUCCUGCGCAUCAGCGAGGGACUGGAGGAGGCGGUGCCCAACCUGGCCUCCAUCAUCCUCACCGGCAACAACCUUCAGGAGCUGAGCGACCUAGAGCCGCUGGCCGGAUUCACCAAGCUGGACACCAUCUGCCUGCUCAUCAACCCGGUGUCCACGAAGCCCAACUACCGCGAGUACAUGGCCUACAAGUUCCCGAAGCUGAGGCUGCUCGACUUCCGGAAGAUCAAGCAGAAGGACCGCCUGGCGGCGCAGGAGUUCUUCCGCACCAAGCAGGGCAAGGACAUGCUGAAGGAGGUUAGCCGGAAGUCAAAGAUGAGCGCAGCAGCAGCCCUGGCCGCUGAGGCGGGGAAUGGCAAGGGUCGGGGAUCCGAAGGCGGGCGACUGGCCAAUCCGGAGGACAUGCAGCGCAUCCGCGAGGCCAUCAAGCGGGCCAGCUCGCUGGCGGAGGUGGAGCGCCUAUCGCAGAUCCUGGCGAGCGGCCAGCUGCCGGAUAAGUUUCAGCACGAGCAGGAGGCGGCGCAGAACGGGGCGGGGCACAACGGCUCAGGGGCCGUGGCCAUGGAUUACUAGGAUCAGGACCCGCCCCUCAUCCGUCAGCUACCUUAUAACCGUAGACCAAUAUUUUGUAAUAAAACGCCGCCACAAGUUGAUUCAUCGCA